AUGGAUGAACGGAGAAUAUCGUAUCGAUUCAUAAAUGACUUCACUAAGAGGAAUAAGUUGUCAUUCCGUAUGAUACGAAGCAAGAAAAGAGAAGAAGUCGACCAAUCUCAAGUAGAAUUGUUCAUCACAGAAGUAAAUAACAUUAUUGAAUACCUUCCGUUAAACAUGAUCUUCAACAUGGACAAGACUCCUGUAAAUUUUGUUUUCUUACAUGGAAAAGUUCUUGCCAAUGUAGGAGAUCGAGUUACAGCUCAUCUACCUAAUGAUUUCAAACAAUCCUUUACAGAAAUCUGUACAAUUUCGUUGGAUUGUAAGUUAUUUCCAACAAUUUUCCUAGCAACAGGAAAAACUGACUUGUGCCACAGACAGUUUGAUGGGAUCGAAACGAGAUAUCCAUACAAAAUAAUGCAUUCUGGUGGUAACACGAGUACAGAUGUAAUGUUGGACUAUCUUGAACUUCUUCAUGAUUGGGCAAAUAAAGAACCUUGCGCUCUUCUUAUAGAUCAAUAUAGGUCUCACAUAAAAUCUCCUGUUGUUGCUAAAGCUUCCAAACUCAAUAUAGAGCUCAUCUACGUUCCAAAGUCUGGUACUGACAAAUACCAGCCUCUUGAUAGGCGUGUAUUCGGAGCUGUGAAGGCAAAGUAUGCAAUGAAAGUUGCUGAUCGCAUCUUUGAGAAUUCGACUCCUAUCUCCAAACCAGAAGCUGCUUCCUGCUUUAUUCGAGCAUGGAACACAGUCAGUUUAGCCACAUUGAUAACUGCUUGGCGCAUUCCAGGUUCAAACCUAGAAAAUUUCGAUCAAGAAACUCUAGGAGCGCAAGCAGAUGAAAGCGAUGAUGAAAAUUCCUCUAGUGAUGGUGAAUUUGAGGAGGAUGAAAAACCUUAUUCCGAUAAUGAAGAUGAUGAUGACGAUUACCAUCAAUAA